CGGAAGUUGCGUCGGUCCACUGCUGCAACAGCGUGCUAACCAUAGGUGCUAACUGUAAAGCACCUGGGAGCCAAAGCGGUGUGCAAUCAUGUGGCCUGUAAUGUGGGCGGCGUUGCGGACCUAUGCUCCCUAUGUCACCUUUCCUGCUGCCUUUGUGGUCGGAGCAGUGGGUUACCACCUGGAGUGGUUUAUCAGGGGGACCCCCAAACCUCGAGAGGAGGAGAAGGGCAUCCUGGAGCUGAGGGAGGAAAGGAAGCUUCAGGAACAAGCGGGUAUGGACAGCACGCAGGUGCUUAGCCUGAAAGAGAAACUGGAGUUUACGCCCAAAGCAGCUCUGAACAGGAACCGACCCGAAAAGAGCUAACCAUUGCUGGAGUUAGGGUCUCGUGUUUGCCCUUUCUCAGCAGGAGGAUAGCUCACUGGGAGCAAAUGGGCGGUGAACCAGAAGGCAAAGACACCUAUUCUUCCUGUUCAACUCAGCCAUACAUCCUCACUCCUGGCAACCCACAAGCAUCAACUUGCCUGUGUUAAUAAAUCAGACACUUUCUAGAAGAAUGAGGGUAAUUAAAAAAAAUUGAGUCAGCUAUAGUGUAUGUGUUCUGUAUGUCAUUCUCUGACCGUCCACUUGAUGUUGCACAUGCCUGUUUGUGCCCGGAUCAAUAACUAAAGCAAGUCACUGUAAUUAAAACACACAAUUUGGAACUUUUUGUUCGGGCUGUGAACAAGUUUUGGUCCGUCUGUCCUCUGGCUCGACGAAAAGAGGAAGGUUGUGUUGUUUAGAUCUAGUUGUGACACAGAUUUUAUUGUGACAUUGUUACUAGAACACACAAAUGUCAUUUCUUUGUUAUUUCUUGCCUACAGAUGAUUUUCAUGUUCCAGUCCUGGAAUCUUUCCUUUAUGUUAAGAAAGAACGUCUGAUUAUGAACAUAAAAGCGGAGGAAGAAAGACAGGUCUUUGUUGUAGUUCUUUUUAUGUCAUGUAACCUUUGAUGGUAUGUGACAAAAUAAGCCAGCAAUGUGGGAGGUCUCUCUCAAGCUACUUAGUCCUGUUGUCUGGAACAUCUACGCAAUACUUUCAUUUUAGAAAGUCUGGGUUUUUACGCACUGAAAGUUUUAUUUGUGUGUGUUGCUGAAAAAUGUGAGUAAUAAAAAGAAAUUCUGUUC